UGAAGGUAAAACCAAGUUCUAUUGAUCUAAGAAAGAAGAGAAAAACUCAUCAAACACAAAUACCCAAUGAACAAUCGAAAUGAAACUCCCAAAUCUUCAACUCAACACACUUUUAAGUUGCCAUUGCACAUGGGUUUACUAGCAAACAACAACAUAUAGAUUACAACUUAACAACAAUGGUUGCUAUGCAAUUUUCUUAUAUUACAUAUUACAGAAAACUUGAAGUAACAUUACAUCAAACACCUCAUGGGCUUGCACUAGUUGAUUCUAAUGCAUUUAUUAAGCACUCUUUAAAUUUUAGGGCACAGUUCAAUGGAUUAAAUCUUACGCUGAAAUUUACAAACCGAGACAAAAAUUUGAGGCUUCCCACCGAAAAGAAGGGCAUACUUUAAUAAAAUGUCUUAAAUGUCAUCAUUCAAAGCUGUUGGAUUGGUUGUACCAAAAAACAAUGUAGAUGUAGUAAUAGUCUGACAUGCUUUAAAGAUUCUAAAAACAAAAAAGAGGAGCAUGCAGCGGUCGUGUAGAAAAAGAAUCGAUUCUCUAAUUUCAAAGUUUCCAUCAAAAGAAAAUAACAAUAAUUGAGUCGGAAAUGGUUUGCCUAUAAAAGGAUAAAUAGAGGGUGAGAAAUGUCUAUCACAAUCAGUGAUAUAUAGAGUGAGUGAAAGUUGUCCUUUGGGGCUGGCUGUUGGAAGAGUUGCCAAAGCUAUAAAGUUCUUAGAUAACAAGCAAAGCAAAGUAUAUAGAUAAAGGAAGAGCCAGUGAAGCCAUAUUGCAAAAGUUUUAAACCAUGGCAGAUUGGACCAAGAAGACCAUCCUUAGAAACGAUGCCCUUCUGCAGUAUAUCUUCCAAACAAGUGCCUAUCCCAAAGAGCACGAGCAAUUGAAGGAAUUAAGAGAGGCCAGUGCCAUGAAGUAUAAAGAUUUGAGUGUCAUGAUUGUGCCUGUUGAUGAAGCACAGUUCUUAUCUAUGCUUCUAAAGAUAAUGAAUGCCAAGAAGACCAUGGAAAUUGGAGUUUUUACUGGCUAUUCCCUUCUUACUACAGCCCUUGCAUUGCCUGACGAUGGCAAGGUAAUGGCAAUUGAUCCUAACAAAGAAGCUUACGAAACUGGAUUACCAUUUAUCAAGAAAGCCGGAAUGCAGCAUAAGAUUGAAUUCAUUCCAUCUGAUGCCUUUUUAGUUUUAAAUGAUCUUAUAAAAAAUGGGGAAGAAGGGAGCUUCGAUUUCAUAUUUGUGGAUGCAUAUAAAAGUGAUUAUCUUAAAUUUCAUGAGCUGACGCUGAAAUUGGUGAAGAUCGGAGGAAUUAUAGCUUAUGACAACACUUUAUGGUAUGGUUCGGUUGCACAAUUAGAGAAAGAAGUGGUGGACGACCGUAUUAAGAUGUUAAGAAAUUUUAUCAUCGAAUUUAAUAGCUUUAUUGCAGCUGAUCCUCGAGUUGAGUCAUCGCUCCUUUCCAUUGGCGAUGGCCUCACUCUAUGCAGGCGUCUCUAUUAGUCAAUAUGGGACUCGUCCAUGCUGGUGAAGUAGUUUGAAACACAAUAAAGUAAUUAUUUGUAUCUUGUUGUUUUAAUUAGUUUGAAUAAUUUUUAUGUUACAAAAAAAAAAAAAAUGCAGAGAUUGGAAAAGAUUACUAAGUAUUUGAAUUUUAA